GUGCUUUCAGUUUCACUCUCCUCUGGUUCGGUGGCAGUGCCGGUCACAGUAGAACGCCCAGAGCACCCCUCGAGGUUAGAGGAGUGAGAUAAAAGUCCCAAGAUUGAGUGAGAGACAAGAAAUCGCAAAACCACUCCACCUAAGUUCAAGGGGAAAAGAAGAUAAGGUAACAUUCGUGGAGAUGGCCUCAGAGACUCACAUGCCAAGCCCAGUGUGCCUCAUUGAGAACGUUAAUAAAAACCUCAAGGUUAACCAGGAAGCUUUGAAGAUCCUGGCUGCCAUUAAGCAGCCUGUGGUGGUGGUGGCCAUCGUGGGGCUCUACCGCACAGGCAAAUCCUACCUGAUGAACAAGCUGGCUGGGAAGAAAAAGGGCUUCUCUCUGGGCUCCACGGUGCAGUCUCACACCAAGGGCAUCUGGAUGUGGUGCGUGCCCCACCCCUUGAAGCCAACCCAAACCUUAGUUCUCCUCGAUACCGAGGGGCUGGGAGAUGUCGAGAAGGGAGACAACCAGAAUGAUGCCUGGAUCUUUGCCCUGGCGGUCCUCCUGAGCAGCACCUUUGUAUACAACAGCAUGGGAACCAUCAACCAGCAGGCCAUGGACCAACUGCACUAUGUGACAGAGCUGACAGAACGAAUCAGGGCAAAUUCUUCUGCUGUAAGCGAGGUGGAGGACUCGGCUGACUUUGUGAGCUUCUUUCCAGACUUUGUGUGGACGCUGAGAGAUUUCUCCCUGGAUUUGGAAGUCAAUGGACAACCCAUCACAGCAGACCAAUACUUGGAGAAUUCCCUGAAGUUAAGCCCAGGUAAUAGUCAAAAAGAUAAAAAUUAUAACCUGCCCCGACUCUGUAUCCGGAAGUUCUUCCCCAGGAAGAAAUGCUUUAUUUUCGAUCGACCCGUUCAUCGGAAGAAGCUUGGCCAGCUCGAGGCACUGCAUGAUGAUUGCUUGGAUCCUGACUUUGUGCAACAAGUUGCAGUCUUCUGUUCCUUCAUCUUCAGCCAUUCUAAGAUCAAGACUCUCUCAGGAGACCUCAAAGUCAAUGGACCUCGUCUGGAGAACCUCGUGCUGACCUAUGUCAAUGCCAUCAGCAGUGGGGACCUGCCCUGUAUGGAGAAUGCAAUCCUGGCUUUGGCCCAGAUAGAGAACUCGGCUGCAGUGCAAAUGGCUAUUGCCCACUAUGAUGAGCAGAUGGGCCGGAAGGUGCAGCUGCCCACAGAAACCCUCAAGGAGCUGCUGGACCUGCACAGAGUCGUUGAGAAAGAAGCCAUUCAACUCUUCAUCAAGAGUUCAUUCAAAGAUAUAGACCACUUAUUUCAAAAGAAAUUAGCGGAACAGCUAGAGAAAAGGAGGGAUGACUACUGCAAACAGAAUCUGCGAGCAUCUUCGGAUCGCUGCUCAGCUUUACUUCAGGAUAUUUUCAGCUGCCUAGAAGAAGAAGUGAAGCAGGGCAUUUACUCUAAACCAGGGGGAUAUCGUCUCCUCCUUCACAAGACCCAAGAGCUGAAGAAAAAGUACUUGGAGCAACCCAGGAAAGGAAUACAGGCUGAAGAAACUCUGCAGAAAUACUUGAUGUCUAAGGAGUCUAUGAUGGAUUCAAUUCUACAGACAGAUCAGACCCUUACAGAAAAGGAAAAGGAGAUUGAAGUGGAACGUGUGAAAACUGAAUCUGCACAGGCUUCUGCAAAAAUGCUGGAGGAAAUGCAAAUAAAGAAUCAGCAGCUGAUGGAACAGAAGGAAAAGAGCUAUCAGGAACAUGUGAAACAAUUGACUGAGAAGAUGGAGAAGGACAGGGCCCAGUUGCUGCAAGAUCAAGACAGGGUUCUAGCUAUUAAGCUUCAGGAACAGGCCCAACUCCUCAAGGAAGGAUUCCAAAAUGAGAGUAAACGGCUGGAAGCUGAAAUAGCGACGCUCCGAAACAGAAUGCAACCACCACGAAAAAGAUGCACCAUAAGUUAGAAACCUGAAGAACAGACCUCUUCCAUCCCUCUUACCCACUGCCAAACUUAGAAUUUGUAAGGUAGCUUACUGAAAAACAGAUCUCAUUGCAUCUGAUAAUAAUUCAGUCUUGCAUUUUUGUAACCCCCUAAAUUUGCAAAGACAGGCAAUACUAUGGUUGAAUUCAUGUUUACUGUCCUAAAGAGAUUCUAAAUUGUGUAGCCAAACAAACCAAACUCACUGCCAUCAAAUUGACUCCAGUGCAUCGUGACCCUAGAGUAGAACUGCCCCUUUGAGUUUCCACCACUGUACAUCUUGACUAGAGAGCCUCUUUCUUUCCCCACAGAGUGGUAGGUUUGAACCGCUGACCUUGCAGUGAAUAGCCCAACAGCUAACCCAUUACACCACCAGGGCUCCUGAAUUGUGUAACAAAAAUGCAUUUUACCUUGAGACCAACAAAGAAAGUGUCAGAAACUAGCACUAUUCAAAACCAAGCCAUUGCCUUCAAGCCAAUGUUGAGUUACAGAGAUUCUAGCAGAGUAGUACUGCUCCAUAGGCUCUCCAAGGCUGUGAAUCUUAACAGAAGCACAUUGUCUCACCUUCUGCCUCAGAGAGGAUGGUGGGUUCAAACCACCAACCAUCUGGUUAACAGACCAAUGGUUGAUAAACUUCAAGGGGAAUCAGUCUUUCAAAUGGUCACCAAUAGACAGGUGAAUGAUGAGCAAAGCCUUAAGGAGACAAUUUCAGGUUCAGGACAUAGUUUGUCAAAGUUUACAAUGGAUCUCAAUGACAGGAGAAACCACUCUAGCUUUUUGGUAAACACAAGGUGCCAUUCCCCUCUGGGUUAAGAUUACAAUCUGUUAAUGGUUGUGUGAUUUCUGGGCAUUGGCAAUGGACAAUAACCACUGAUGACUUCCAAGCUAAAUCAACAUAAUAGGGAGACCUUGACUAUGUAAUCUCCAUAGGAAAAUGAGACUGAGCAUCACCAUGGGGUAGGAGUUUAGUUCUUAGCAAAUAUACUACAGAAGGAAACAUCUUUUCUUCUUUAUUUCACCCAAAUUAUCAUUUUAACAUGACAUCUAGACCUUUGAACUUACACCGGAAUAAACCCAAUAAGAUGAUGACAACUGGAUAGAAUGCAUUUAUAUCAAUGUGAAAGGCACCCUGGUGCUAUAGUGGUUAUGCAUUGCGCUGUGAUGCACAUGGUUAGCAGUUCAAAACCACCAGCUGCUCCGAGGGAGAAAGAUAGGACUUCCUACUUCCGUAAACAGUACAGUCUAGAAACCUAACAGGGGGAUCACUAUGAGUCAGCACUGACUCUAUGGCAGUGAGAUGUGACCAAAGUGUACUAUGCAAACAUCAACUUUAAAUGGAAAAUGUGAUAGAAAACUGAGCUAUUUUAAUUAUUUGAUUGCUUUUCAUCUUAAAUAUCAGGCUACUGUUUUCCCAAUUCUGAGCAUGAAUAUUUGAAAGCCUACUUGAUAUUCCCUAAAGAAAAUAUAGAUUGUUUUGGUGUUAUUUUUCCAAUUACAUAGUGUACUUAUUAUUACCCAAACAUAUAACCUGUUUCCCAAUUAUUAAAAGUCCUGAAUAAGUAGUUGAUGCUACUCAGAGUCAUUUUUUAAGGCUAUAAUGAAAUAUAUUUCAUUUGACAUUUUA